ACACACCUCACUUCCGCUCGGCUCGGGGCAGUAUCGGAUGGAGGAGCGGUGCUGGUGGUGAUGGAGGCGAGCGGCGGGCAGGCCGGGGUGCAGGACUACAGGAGGCGGACCCGCCUGCACUGCCUGAACGGCGGAUACCAUCUGCUCAUCCUGCCGGACGGAGCGGUACAGGGCAGCCGGGAGGAGGAGCACAGAUACAGUGUAUUGAGGAUAAAAGCAGUAAGUCCUGGAGUGGUGGUGAUUGAGGGAGUAGAAGCAGGACGUUUCCUCAGCAUGAGUGAGGAUGGAACUCUGUACGGCUCACCGUCAGUAACAGAUGAAAGCUACUUUCUGGAGAGAAUAGAGGAGAACCACUACAACACAUACCAGUCUCAAAAGUACGGCCCCAACUGGUACGUUGGUUUAAAAAAGAACGGAAACCCCAAAAAUGGCUCGAGGACCCACAUCGGACAGAAAGCCAUUUUCUUCCUUCCUCUACAGCUGGAUCAAAUGAAAGACUGACCACUAGCAAAGCAUUCCACAACAGUACUACAGGGUUCUUGCACCAUUUUAAAAGUCAAAUUUAAUGCUUUUUAAGACCUUUUUUAGACCGCAAUAAAUAUAAUUUAAAACCCAAAAACGUAGUCAUAAUUUCUUUGGUAAAAAAAAUUGUUGCUGCUUAUGUUAUCUAGCUUGCCCCUAACCUUAGAUCCCUCCCCUCUAACGUAGCUAUCUCGCCGCUGUUAUUGUUAGCAUGUUAGCUAGCUCGCUGCUAAUGUUACUAUGUUAGCUAGCUCUCCACUAUCCUUAGUUCUCUCCUCAGUAAUGUAGCUACAUAACUUGAUGCUAAGGUUAGUAUGUUAGCUAGCUCGCCGCUUACCUUAGUUCUUUCCCGUAAUGUUAGCUAACUCACCGCUAAAGUUAGCAUGUGUUUUUCCCCCAGCAUUAAACUCACCGUCUGAAAGUUUAAUACCUACAGCUACAAAUUUAAAACAAUUUAAGACCUUAAUUACCGGGAUUUUAAUGUAAGACAUUUUAAGACUUUUUAAGCACCUGCAGGAACCCUGUACUACACAAACCCUGCUAAUUUUAGUCAUGUACAUAUACUAUAAAUAUGAAUUUUGCUGCUGUCCAUUGAAAAACAUGCAUCUGCAUUUUUAUUUUUCUCCAUCGUUUGAACACUGCAGCUUCUUCUGUACACUGUGAAAGUAAUUCUGGAGGAGUAAACCAAUAGAAAGGCUCUAAAAUUUAAAUUAACUUUAUUUAUUUUUUGUUAUCUUCUAUUUAAAUUUAAGAUUAUUUUUGUCUUCUCAGCUGAAGCCACCAUUUUAGAGAUAUAUGAUUUUUAUUGGACAGAUAAUCUGAUCUUAUUCACAUUAAUAUUUUAGUUUUAAAACCUGCUUUUAAAAUCAAAUCACAAGCUACUGUACUCGAAAGGCUGCUCAUAAAACAUUACAUACACUAAGCUAAAAUAGAUGAUUAUUUACUUGUAUUUAUUCUCACAAGAUCAUUUUAAUUUCCACUGUUUUACCUUAUUCUUGAAUCAGCACUUAUUAUUAUUAUUUAAAAACAUUUACAGACUGUGAUUUGCACUAUGAAAUAUAAUAAACCCUCUCUGUACACUGA